AUAUACACGUCGAUAUAGGUAGCGCGUCGUUCGAGGGUGACGUUAAGUUUUUGACUGCUUGGGUAUCAAAUAUUAUUUUAUCAGUGAAAAGUAUUUAAUAUACUACAGUUUGGAAAAUUCAUUUUAACAUGUCGUCGAGUGAUAUAAAUAUGUUGGUCGAUAUGGGUUUUAGCAUGUCUAAAGCGGAAAAAGCUUUAGAAAUCACUGGAAACAAAGGCGUUGUUCCAGCAAUGGAAUGGCUCUUGGCUCAUUCAGAUGAUGCAGAACCAUCAUCUGAACCACCUAUUGCUGAAAGCGCACCACCGUCAAUUGAUCAUACACCAGUUCAAGAUGACACUGCUAAUUCUAGCGGUCAAGUAUCUACCACAGAAGUGGCUAAAUCUAUGAAAUGCGACGUAUGUGGGAAAUUGUUCAAGUCCAAUUUGGAAGUCGAAUUUCAUGCGACAAAAUCUGGACACAAUACAUUUUCCGAAAGCACAGAGGAGAAAAAGCCCCUUUCGGACGAGGAAAAGAGAGAACAACUACGAAUAUUGACAGAAAAGUUAAAGCAGAAGAACAAAGAACGGGAAGAACAAGAAAAGAGAGAUGCACAAGAAAGAGAAAAAAAUAGAAUACGUUCUGGAAAGGAAAUGGCUCAAGCUAAAAGAAAGUUAGAGGAGUUAGAAAUGAAAAAGCUUUUAGAAGAAAGAAAACGUGAAAAAGAGGAGGAGAGAUUAGCACGGCAAAGGGUAAAAGAACAAAUUGAAGCCGAUAAAGCUGCCAGACGGGCUAAAGCAAAUGUUGAACAAGUACCUAAGGAACCUCCUUCUGUGCCUUCAUCCUCUACAACUCUUCAUAGGAAAGAAUAUAAUGAAACAAAAUUGCAGAUUAGACUGACUAAUGGGCAAACAUUAACGCAAAGCUUUGGAAGUAAAGAACAAUUAUCUGCUGUAAGAUUGUUUAUUGAAAUUAAUAGGACAGAUGCACCUGGUCCAUUUAAUUUAAUGACAAAUUUCCCAAAGAAAAUUUUUACAGAAGAUGAUUAUGAUACUCCAUUGGACGUGUUAGGCUUAGUACCAUCUGCAGUUGUAAUUGUGCAGAAGAAAGCAGAGUGAACAUCAUGAAUAUCAGCUUGCAAUGCAAUCAGUAACAUGAUUUGUAAGCUAAUGUACCAAUUUAUAAUGUCUUACAGAUUCUUUAUAAAGAAAACAGAAUUUUAAGUAUUUCUUCAUUUGUAAUUUACAAGAGGUACACGUUUCUAUGAUAUUUGUUAUUUAACUAUAGUAUAAUUUGCAAACACGAAGG